GCGGAGGGAGACGUCAUUGCAGGGUUGUUUGUGCAGCCUCGGCGGCGGCGGUGACCCUCAGUGAUUCGGCCGCCGCGCCGGGGGGUGGGGGGGCUGCGCGGGACUCUUUUCUUUCAGACUGACCGCGGGGCAGCUGGGGAGCAUGUCGACUCCGGCCCGGAGGAGGCUCAUGCGGGAUUUCAAGCGGUUGCAAGAGGACCCACCUGUGGGUGUCAGUGGUGCACCAUCUGAAAACAACAUUAUGCAGUGGAAUGCAGUUAUAUUUGGACCAGAAGGGACACCCUUUGAAGAUGGUACUUUUAAACUAGUAAUAGAAUUUUCUGAAGAGUAUCCAAAUAAACCACCAACUGUUAGGUUUUUAUCCAAAAUGUUUCAUCCAAAUGUGUAUGCUGAUGGUAGCAUAUGUUUAGAUAUCCUUCAGAAUCGAUGGAGUCCAACAUAUGAUGUAUCUUCUAUCUUAACAUCAAUUCAGUCUCUGCUGGAUGAACCAAAUCCAAACAGUCCAGCCAAUAGCCAGGCAGCACAGCUUUAUCAGGAAAACAAACGAGAAUAUGAGAAAAGAGUUUCGGCCAUUGUUGAACAAAGCUGGAAUGAUUCAUAAUAGACAACUGGUGAUGUAUUCUUGUUACCCCUGCCGCCUCAGCUGGUCCUGUCUGUGGGCAAGGCUUCAGGCCCACCUCCCUCCCUGACAAGACCACAUACGCGAAGGACUCUGCCCCUAAUGCUGACAUUGUGAGAAAAACUAAACCAAAAUGAGAAAGGCAGCCAACAUACUGCCACCCUUGGACAUGAAAGUCCUAACUUGGAAGGAACAGAGUAAACUUUGGGAAGAAACAGAACCUCAUCGGGCUUUUCACUUAAAUAAAUGAAUAAAUAGGCUCUUUCACUUGCUUGUUCUUUACUUUAAUGAAAAGCAAGCCUAGAGAGAUUCUUUUUCUUCCCCAAGGAAUAUGAAUGAAAAAUAUAUAUGUAAAAUAAAGUUUUAAAAUAUAUUGUUAUAGAUGUAAUACAUAUUUUAUAUUUAUUUUCUAUAUAUAGAAAUACAUAUAUAAUCUCCAUGAGGGCAAAUUUUUUAGUGCACAUUCAGUAUUCAUUAAAGGAAGCAAUUUCCAUAUGACCACAAUCUGCUUGAGUUCUAAAACCCUUGCCUCUUAAGAUUUGUGUUUAGUCUUAAUCCUACAGAACCAAAAGGUGUCCCUUAACUAGUCAAGGAUAAGAGCCAUGACUAGAUGACAUGAUACCUAGACUACAGUCCUCAGAUUCCAGAAGUUGAAUCUCCAGACAAAAAGGUACCCAGCAGAGAUUUGAGCUGAGCAACAGAGAAACACCAAGUUACCUGACAUUUAGAAUAAUAUAAAUUUCAUUUCAGAUGUGACAAUGUGUAUUUUCAGUGCCCUUUACUACAAAUAGCAAUGCCUCAGAGGAUGGGCAGUGAUAAUGAAUCCUCCCCAGUGCCCAUAGAAUAGGUAAGCCUCAGGUCCGCAUGUAUCUUGGAAAAUCCUUGCCUCCACAAUGGUAGACAAUUCAUCAGGUGGGCUAUAAACUCUAUAAAGAAUACUGUAAAAAGCAAUUUUCUGGUUAAUAUAAAAGGGUAUCACAGUUAACUGAGCACCCUAAACUGUACUGUUAGUACUUGCUCCUCAGAGUCUUAAGACUAAAGUCAUUAACAGAAAGGAUGCUCUGUAGUUUUUACUUGAGGGUAACAGUUUACCGUGUCCCCUCCUAUGAUCUCAUGUGAUUCUUACACCGUGCUGGACAGCACUGCAUAUAUCAAGGCCAGUAUCUUGCAGUGAGCUCCAGCUUCAGCAUAAGAGUGGGCCAUUUUGCCUACACUACAAGGACUGCUGCAAUGCAAAAAUUUAGAUUUCUAUGCCACUUUCUAUUCUAAAAAAACAAAGGAUGAAACUUUAAAAUACUGCUUAAUUUUAUAGAUGAGAUAGCUACAAAAUUUUUAAAAAGAUAAGAAGAAAGACAGCUUACGCUGAGGAAAUGUUGAGAAAAUCCAUUAGAAAAUGGUUAUCAGAAAAUCUGCUUUUGAUUAACUAGAGACACUGAAGAAGAAUGGGGGAGGGGAACAUGCAAUGAGCACACAAUUUAAGCUUGCUUUAUGCAAUGGAUACAUUCCUGACAGGAUACUAUUAUUUUAAUAGGGCACUGUAUCUUAGAAAAUAGGAUCUGUGAUGAGAAACCUGUGAAAGAUGCAUUUUAAAAGUGAACAGCCCCACUCUGAUAUUUCUCAACUUGUAAGUUUGGUUUUUAAGCCUCACAAAUCUGUGUAGGUAACCAGAAUAGAAAGAGGCUAGGCCACAUUCGAGGAAGAGGCUGAGGCUCACUGAGCACUGGCUUAUCACUGCAAUAUCUUUUGUCUUUCGCGGCAGUUCUUCUGCAUUUCUAUGACCUCCAUUUCCCAGGUAAGGCUAGGGAGACAAGUGGCUUGCCCGAUUAAAUCAGAGAUCCUGACCUCACUUGGCCUACCCUAGUGAUUUGCUACCGAUUAGAGCCAGAAGCUGCAGAGAUGCGGCCCAUCCAAGGUGUGAUACUUGUCCUUAGGCUUGAGCAGUGGGUGAGAGGCAUCUCACUUGUCUUUUCUUAGGCAUCAUGCUCCCACAGCCAGCUCUCCUCUUCAACAUUCCUGUUUUUUUAGUUAUCUGGGUUUACCGGUAUGUUCAGCUAAGACAGUGUCCACUGUCUUAUUCACCAUUAUCCCAAAUACCAAGCCCAGUGAUGAGUGAAUUCUGCUGUGACUGUUAUAUUGCUGACCCCAAAUGAAGUCCCUCUCUCAGUAUUUAUGCCUGGAGGUAAGUUCUUAAUGGUGGGUAUUAAGUAAAUAGAGGGCUUCUGGCUAGCUCAGUUGGUAGUGCAUGCAACUCUUGAUCUCAAGGUUGUUUAAGUUUGAGCCCCAAAUUAGGUGAAGCGAUUACUUAAACAUGAAAUCUUAGGGACACCUGGGUGGCUCAGUCAGUGAAGCAUUUCCCUUCAGCUCAAUCCAGAGUUCUGGGAUCAAAUCCUGCAUCAGGCUCCUCACUCAGCAGGGAAGCCUGCUUCUCCCUCUGCCUGCUGCUCUUACUGGUGCUCUAACAAAUAAAAUCUUUAAAAAAUAUUUUUUUUUAAUAAAAUAAAAUCUUAAAAAACCAAUGAAUGAGAAGAAGAGGGAGAGGUUAAAGAACAGAUACAUUAGGGACGCCUAGGUGGCUCAGUUGGUUAAGCGGCUGCCUUCGGCUUGGGUCAUGAUCCCAGCAUCCUGGGAUCGAGUCCCACAUCAGUCUCUCCGCUGCUUCUCCCUCUGCCUCUGCCCGCCACUCUGUCUGCCUGUGCCCACUCUCUCUGACAAAUAAAAUUUUUAAAAAAGAAAAGAAAAGAGAUAGAUAGCAUUGCAUUAAACAAGUAUUUCUUCAGGGGCUAUAUGCAAGGCAAUUCCUUAAGUCUAGAAGACCAAAACCUUCAGGGUCCCUGUAGAAAAAAAUAAUGUGGGCUUUACUCAGCUGCCUGGGAGACCCUCAAAAAAAUGUAUAGGUCACCUAGGCUGCCUGGACCAAGCUAUGGCAUGUGAUGUCCAUUUUAAAAUAAGGCCAGGUGACUUUUUAUAAACUGCCCUCUUCCCAUGAGCUAGUAGGUACCUGAGACCUAUAAUUUAAUUCUCACUCAUCUCUUAAAAAAAAAAGAUGAGUGUGUGUGGCCAGUGGACAUAAAGAUAGCAUAAACUUCACAACGAAAUAAGGAUAUUGGGCCACCUAGGUGGUUCAGUCAGUAGAAGUGCCUUUGACUCGGGUCAUGAUCUCAGGAUCCUGGGAUCAAGCCCUGAGUCGGGCUCCCUGCUUGGAGUCUCCUUGUCCCUCUUCCUUCUGCCCCCCCCCUCAUGCUCUCCUCUCAAAUAAAUAAAAUCUCUUUUUAAGAUUUUAUUUGACAGAGAGAGGGUGAUAAAGCACAAAGGGGGAGCAGGAGAGAGAGAGGGAGAUACCGGGUCUCUGCUAAGCAGGGAGCCCGAUGCAGGGCUCGAUCCUAGGACCCUGAGAACAUGACCUGAACUGAAGGCAGACACUUAAUCGACUGAGCCACCCAGGUGCCCCUCAAAUAAAUAAAAUCUUAAAAAAAAAAAGAAA